UUUGAAGUAUACUUCAUCUUCUCCAAAGAAACUAAAAAAGAAAAUGGACUGUGGGCGAUGUUUGUUUUUCACAUGUGUAUGGCUGUUGCUCGUAUUUGCAUCUUCUGGUCAAAAGGUAUCUGUCUCUUUUUACUACGAAACUCUGUGUCCGUAUUGUGCUGAUUUUAUAGUGAAUCAUCUGGUCAAAGUGUUCGAGAACGGCCUCAUCUCCAUUGUCGAUCUCAGGUUGGUUCCAUGGGGAAAUGCUUUCUUCAAAACCGAUGGCUCCAUUGUCUGUCAGCAUGGACCAGACGAAUGCUUGCUGAAUACCAUUGAUGCAUGCGCUAUAAACAUGUACCCUGAUGUGGAAAGGCAUUUCAGUUUUAUCUAUUGCAUAGAGCGAUUGACAUUGAUGAACCAGCUGAGCUCGUGGGCCAACUGUUUUGAAAUGGCUGGGUUGAGUAGGGAACCUAUUGACUGCUACACAAAUGGAUAUGGAAGAUCACUAGAAGAGAGAGAUUUUGCAGAAACUAGUCAGCUAAAUCCACCGCAUAGAUUUGUGCCCUGGUUGGUUGUGAAUAAUCAACCACUGCAAGAGGACUACGAAAAUUUCAUGAGCUAUAUUUGCAAUGCUUAUAAAGGCAAUGGAUUACCAGAGGCGUGCCUUGGGCUUCCAUUGAAGAAUGAGUACUGGGUGGAGAAGUCCAAUUCAAUCAAUCGAGUUUGCUAUGCCAACAAUACAUUAGCACCAGCAACAAACCAAAUUCCCUGAAAAUCACCACAAUAUGUAUAUAUAUAUAUAUAUAUACUAUAUGUAUACAUAGUGAUCACUAUUAAUAUGAUGACUGAACUGGGAUUUAUUUGAAUCUGAACACCCAAUUGAAUUUAUUUUU